ACAUUUUGUGAAAGACACCCACGUGUUUUCCAUUCUAUUAUUGUUGAUUUUAUUUAAUUCAUUGUAUUUAAUUCAUGGUGACUAUUUUAAUACAUUGCUAUGAUGUUUAUGUAAUAUUAUAGUUUGAACACCCCCUGUGGAAGUAGUGUAUGAAUCCAGCGGGAAGUACCAAAGUGCUUAGUGUGUCGGUGGGACUUGUGUUGAUAUCGCUAGCUGUAGAGAAACUCAAACACUAAAUAAAAUAGGAUCCAGGAUGUUGAUAAGCCCAGAACAGGUAGCUCUGAUAGGGCAGGUGUUUGAGGCGUAUGUGACAGAGCACCACAGGAGUGACAUCCUGCAGAUCCUUCAGGAGCCUGAUGAGGAUGCCCACUACCCGGUGGUGAUCAACGCCAUGACACUGUUUGAAGCCAACAUGGAAGUGGGCGACUACUUCAAUGCCUACCCCAGCGAAGUCAUCAACAUCUUUGACAACACCCUUCACCGAGCUGCUAAGACAGUGUUAGAGAACUCUACACAGCAAAGGUGGUACAAGGUCAAACACCACCUGCAUGCCCGAAUCACAGGUCUUCCUGUGUGUCCUGAGCUCACCAGGGAGAACAUCCCCAAGUCUCGGGAUGCUGGUCACUUCCUGUCCGUCACGGGCACGGUCAUCCGCACCAGUGUGGCCAAGGUUCUGGAGUACGAGAGGGACUACAUGUGCUCUAAGUGCCGUUACGUGUUCUCCCUGCAGGCUGACUUUGAGCAGUACUAUAGCUUCGUUCCCCCUACCAGCUGCCCCAACCAGGACCUCUGUAACUCCAACAAGUUCACCUGCCUGUCAGCCAGCUCCACCCCGGCAGCAUGCAGGGACUACCAGGAAAUUAAGAUCCAGGAGCAGGCCCAGAGGUUGUCUGUGGGCAGUAUUCCUCGCUCCAUGGUGGUCAUUUUGGAGGAUGAUCUGGUAGACAGCUGUAAAUCAGGUGAUGAUGUUACAGUGUAUGGAGUAGUUCGUCAGCGAUGGAAGCCCCUGUACGAGGACGCACGCUGUGAAUUGGAUCUGGUGUUGAAAGCCAAUUUCAUUGAAGUGAACAAUGAGCAGACCAUGGCAGCUCUGGUCCUAGAGGACAUGCAGCAGGAGUUUGAGGAGUUCUGGGACAAUUACAAACAUGACCCUAUAACUGGCAGGAACCAUAUUCUCAUGAGCCUGUGCCCACAAGUGUUUGGAAUGUAUGUAGUUAAGUUAGCUGUUGCCAUGGUGUUAGCAGGUGGGGUGCAAAGAAUAGAUCCUUCUGGAACGAAAGUAAGAGGCGAGUCUCAUCUUCUGCUGGUGGGAGACCCAGGCACAGGGAAGUCUCAGUUUCUGAAGUACGCUGCUAAGAUCACUCCCCGGUCAGUCCUCACUGCUGGGAUCGGCUCCACUACCGCAGGGUUGACAGUGGCAGCAGUGAAGGACUCCGGGGAGUGGCAUCUAGAGGCAGGAGCACUGGUGCUGUCUGACGGAGGCCUGUGUUGUAUCGACGAGUUCAACAGCAUCAAAGAGCACGACCGCACCAGCAUCCACGAAGCCAUGGAGCAGCAAACCAUCAGUGUGGCCAAGGCAGGCAUGGUGUGUAAAUUGAACACCAGGACCACCAUCUUGGCUGCCACCAACCCUAAGGGCCAGUACGACCCAAACGUGCCUGUGUCGGUCAACGUGGCCCUGGCCAGCCCCCUGCUCAGCCGCUUUGACCUGGUCCUGGUCCUACUGGACACCAAGAACCCUGAGUGGGACCGCAUCAUCUCCUCCUUCAUACUGCACAACAAAGGAGCUCCCUGCCAGUCGGAGGAUUCUUUGUGGAGCAUGGAGAAGAUGAAGGCCUACUUCUGCCUGAUCAAGGUGCUGCAGCCGCACGUGUCUGAGGAGGCCAACUCCAUCCUGUCCCGCUACUACCAGCUGCAGAGGCAGAGUGACAGCAGGAACGCAGCCCGCACCACUAUCCGCAUGCUGGAGAGCCUCAGCCGCCUUGCUGAGGCACACGCCAGGUUGAUGUUUCGAGACACUGUCACUGUGGAGGAUGCUGUUGUUGUUGUCUCUGUCAUGGAGUGCUCUAUGCAGGGGGGCGCUCUCCUGGGAGAUGUGAAUGCUCUUCACACGUCAUUCCCUGACAACCCCAGUCAGCAGUACCAGACACAGUGUCAAAUUGUUCUGGAGGGUCUCCAGAUGCCUCACCUCCUCUACAAGGAGAUGGACAGGCUCUCAAGACUGCAGAAUAAUGGGCCAGGCUCCCCUAAAGGAACAGAAAAAGGUUCUCCUCUGCCUGCAAAGCAGCACAGUGAUCUGAGCAGCAGUUAUCAUCACAAGAGUUCUACAUUCCAGACAAGCGGUCCAGGGCACUCUGACAUCACCACAGACUCAGAGAGCGGACUGGACUGGUUCCACUCACUGGCUGGCCCAGUGGGGCAAGGACAUGCCAACUCGCCGAUCAUCACUUCACCCAUCACAACAUCCACACAACACAACCACAACUCCUUCUCAAAGCAGGCCCGAACCCUGCCAAAACACCCCGCUGUGGCGUUGCUGGGCAACAGCGGUGCUGCACACAAGGAGAGUGGGAGAGCGCCUGUGUGCGAUAAGACACCCAGUAUAACUGCGGAGGAGGUGGUAGAGAGCUGUAAGGAGAGCAGUAAAAGCACAGCGUCAGCAGCAGCGGAAGACAGAUCCUGUUCUGUGGUACAGAAGGUGUCCAAGAAACUGCGAGACAAACGGCUCAGAGCGAUGACUCAUGUUCCCCUUCAGGGAGACAAAGCUGUGGGAGGAGGCAACAUCAGCACCAGCAGAGACCUCAUAGACCAUCUAGAUGUGGAGCAGACCUUCUCCACAGACUCCCUGCCCUCCCACAGCACACCUGUAGCAGGGAAGAAACGCAACUCAAAAAAGAACAAUGUCCCUUGUAACCUCCCGUCUGGAGACCAGGAGCUCUCUGGUACUGUGGGGCCAGGGGGAGAAGAACUGCACUCUAAGUUCACAGGGUUCACAUUUAAACCCAGAGAGAAGAUGACCCACACUGAACCUCUCUGUCCAGAUACUGACAGCUCAGACUUUCACACAGAGAAUAGAGGUCCACCUAGCAAAGCAAAGACGCAUAACAGAGAGAACCAUAACACCGUUUCUUCAGCUAGAGAGAAACAGAAUUACAAAGACAAGCCAGCAGAGGGCAGCAGUUCUGCCAAGAAGCUGAGGCUGAGGGUUCAGUCUAAGGAGAAAGAGUUUCCCAUUGAGGUGUCCCGUGACCUGAACCCAGAGGUCAGUGGUCCCACGGCGGAGGGAGGUGAUGGGGGGGAUCAUGGGACAGAGCAGAAAUGCCAGCAGUUGCUGAGCAGAAUUGCUCCAGGUGAGAACAGAACUACAUUCACAACCUCCACAGACCCUCCACCACUACAGCCAGACCACCCAAAGCCCACUGUGGCGGCCUCUACCCUGGCCAAACUCUCCAGGUUCUCCUUCACAACCACAAAGGACAAGGAAGUUACAAACCUAAUAACAACUCUUACAUCAGGGGCUCAGGUUACCUCGUCCAUAGAGCUUAAAGCAGGGCAGCAGGACACAUGGACACAAGCUAUCACCAGCAUACAGCAGAGGACAGGGGUGCAAGCUAAAGCCUCUACAGAGGAUAGGACUGAGGCAAGAGUUAGUGGAGACAAAGACUUCCAGACAUUUAACAGUGAGGGCCAAAACCCUGCUAUAGAUUCUGCUGUCAACCCUAAAAAGAGAAAGUGUUUUGAGCUGGGCUCUAAAGGCCUCUUCUCUGGCCUGUCUAUGUUUAGCUCCUCCAACUUUGAUGAAGAUGAUCUGAGUGUAGACUGGGAUGAGGAGUCGGGGGAAAAAACUAAAAUGUAACAGUGAAAUUAUGUUUGAAACAUUACAUUACAUUACAUUUAAGUCAUUUAGCAGACGCUCUUAUCCAGAGCGACUUACAAAUUGGUGCAUACACCUUAACGAUGUAAUGUACUGAAUAUUAUUUGUGACUUCACCAUGUGUGUGCAUGUGUGUUUGUUGUUGUAUUGUCAAUAAUUGGUAUAAAUUUGCAGAUCAGUUUUUGAUCAUGAGAUUCACUAUCGACUUGAUGUCAUGCUGUUGGAUAUUGAACACACAUUAUGCCAUAGAAACAAUCUUGUAAAUCUGUUUCUUCUGUAAAUGAAACCUCUUUCACAAAGCCUGUGGUCUUGUGUCACAAUAUCUGAAAUACUGCUGUUAUAUGAGGUAGUCA